AUGGCUGCUUCUCUGAAGUUGAUGAUUGCGUGCUUACUCAUGUUUACAUGGUUGUUUUUAGCACAAUCCCAACAAGAUGGGAACUCUGCACCAGAUCGAAGUAUCCCAGACAUUAACAGAAAGGGACUGAAAGAAGUGGUAAGCUAUGCAACUAAUGUUGCUGAGAACGAAAUAGGAGGAAGGAAAAUGGCGGUCCAAAAGGUUAAAGAGCAUGGUGCUGGGACUGGCCAAGCUGCAGGAAAAUGGGGUUCAAAAAUGGAACAUAAACAAAGUGUUGGCCAUUAUUUCUCCCCAGAGGUACAUGAUGUUGACGAUGAUGAUGAAGAUGCUGGUUUUGUAGCUUUCAGUGCCGAUUAUCAUCCACCUAGACACCACCCCCCUAAGAAUAACUGA